GUGCUUACGUCAUAGCCUGGUGUCGUUCUGCCACAGCUGAGCCACAGCGGCAGCAGGGACUGCUGUCCGGUAGAUGGUAGGAGCAGGGCCGGAGGAAAAAUGCAGACAUCCUGCGGAAAACACACAGAGCAGCGUCCCGACGACACUCGCUGAUCCUCGUGUCUUCGCCGUUUUUCGUUAUUCCUUUGUCUUCUUGCGUCCCUCUCCUCUCUAAACACCGGAGGAUGGGGGAAUGAUCAGUGCCGCCACCAUCUCCCCGUCCUCCGCCUUCGUCUGGUGUCUGUGCCCAGGAUGAGGGCUCGGCUGCUCGGACACACGGUGGUGUUCGUUGCCCUUUUGGCGGUGAGAAGCUGCCUGGCAGGUUCUCCUCUGUGCCCUCGGAGUUUAGAAUGUGCCCUGGCAGGAAGACACUUCUGCCAACCUGGCAGCUCACACUGUGGGCCUUGUCUGCGCCCCCUGGUGGAAAACUCCCGUGGACGCUGCGUGGUCAAAAGGAGACAUGCUCCUCACACUCAUUCUGUUAAAGAUAAAGUGAGCCCACACCCUGAACUCGAUGAGGAGAUUGACUUUCUCUCUGCAAUCAUCAGGGAACAGAGACCUGAGUCCUACAGCUCAGCCCCAUCCUCCCAGGAGAUCACAUCCAAGCAGUUUGAAGAGCAUGGCUACACUCACAGAGCAUCUUCUGUGGAACAGCCUCCUACUCAGAGUGUCCUGUUAACUAGCAUCGCUUCACCCAUCACUGUGAACCACACUGCAGCUCUGAGCAAUCCCAUCAUCCUUCACUACCCAUCUAAUGACCAUGUCUUCAUUGUCAUGAGCAGCGUCGUCAUUGUGGCAGGUUCCCUGGCACUGGUGGUAGCAUUGGCUUGUUGGGUCAGGUUUCAGAAAUGUGUUCAUAUAAGUCAGAAAGUGGACUACCCUUCAUCUGGACUGAUGAGUGCCCAGGCAUUUGAGAAUUUGCUUGGGGACAAGAAGCUGGCCCACAGUGCCCAAAUGUACCACUACCAGCACCAGAAGCAACAGAUGCUCUCCCUGAAAAAACACCGGGUUGAGCCAAACGUUCCUGACUCCGCAGCCUCAACAGAUGAGGAGAAUGAAGAUGGAGAUUUCACAGUGUAUGAGUGUCCUGGACUUGCACCAACGGGGGAAAUGGAGGUGAAGAACCCAUUGUUUGAUGACUCCACCCUCUACCUGCAGAGAUUCCACAAAUGAACCUGGACACAGAGACAUUUCAUACGCUAAAUGCAGCACCUGUAUGUACAAAUAGCUCAAUUUACACACAUCCACAAAUCCACACACAUCAGUUUAAUUAUUUCAGUGGACAGAUCUGACACAUACCCUAAAUAGCCAUACUACAUUUGGUUUUUCCCAUUUUGUUUACAUAUUUAUUUACUGUUUAUUACACACAUAUUCAAUCAUACAUGCUGUGCUUACACACAGUAUUUAUGAGCUCACUGAGCUUUGCUUUUAUUUCAGCAUUUUAAAAAGAUGUAAUGUUGGUGUUUCCUGAACACACCUCCAUGCAGCUGAGCGACUUGUCUCAUGUGUUACGUAAACAUUGUUUUUCAGGUGAUUUCCAUCUUGCUGACACCAUGUCUACAUGCAUCUGCACUUCUUCAUUCUUAUGAACACACACACACACACACUUCAUUCAACAAAUUUAAAUUUUAGACAAAGAUAACACAAGUAAAUUAAAUUUUAAACUGAAGGUGUUUAUUAUUAAGAGGGGAAAAAUCCAUACCUGCAUAGCCCUGUGUGAUAAAGUGAGUGGGAAUGUGGACUAACGAGACAAAGGUUGAACUUUCAGGAAGAUGUGUGUCUCAUUGCAUCUGAUGUAAAAGUAACACAGCAUUUCAGAAAUGGGACAUCAUACCAACAGUCAUAUAUGGUGGUGGUGGUGUGACGGUCUGGGGCUGUUUUGCUGUCCCAGGACCUGAAGACUUGCUGUGGUAAAUGCAAACAUGAAUUCUGCCGACUACCAAAACAUCCUGAAGGAGAAUGUCUGACUAUCUGUUCGUGACCUCGAGCUGAAGCACAUUUGGGUUCUGCAGCGGGACAAUGAUCCAAAACACACCAGCAGGUCCACCUCGGAAUGGGUUAAGAAACACAAAAUGAAGACUUUGGAGUGGCCGAGUCCUGACCUGAAUCUGAUUGAGAUACUGUGGCAUGACCUAAAAAAGGUGGUUCAUUCUCGAAAACUGUUCUGUGUGUGACUGAAUUAAAAGAAUUGUGCAAAGAGGAGUGAGCCAAAGAUCCCCGAGAGAACUGCAAACGACUGCCAGUUAUCACAAACGUUGGAUGCUAAGGGUGGCUUAACCAGUUGUACACACACACACACACACACACACACACAGUAUAAUUUGGAAAUUCUGUAUGAACUCAGAUGGUCUUGUAUAUUUGGUCUACAGCUGACAUUGUGUUUUCAUGGUUUUGUGAGCUGUAAAUAGUGGCUGAUAUGUACAGGAGAUAUCUUACCUCUCAGUCAGUCAGUGUGGUGUACAGAAGAUCCUGAGUACUGUGUCAAAUACACAUCUGUUAUUCGAUUUCUUAAUGUGAAUUUGUAUUUGUUGGGAAUAGACAAUGUCAUGUAUAACACGUUAAACUUGAUGCAUUCGACUGUUGUACCCAUUAUGACGAAAGCAGCAAGGAGCCACACGUUCAUGUUCAACAUACCCGCCCAGUUUUACUUUGAAGAGGUCUCAAUCUGCUGAGACAUCAACAAAAAUAUGAAAAAAAGGAAAAUUCCACGUAGCUGUGGACACAUCACCAUAAAAGAAACUUAAAAUAAAAGAAUCCGAACAAAACAAGCAACUGAGAAUAUUUUAAAAACGGCGCCGACCACAGUCCCCAGAAAUAUAAAACUUUAAGCGUCGCAGAAACAGAGUUUCCUUUAUGCAUGAACAGUUGCAGUGUGGGAUUGCAGCCUUUUCCAAUAUUCGAUCCAAAGCUUUUACAUUUACUCCCCAAGAGAUGGGAACAUUUUUAUUUCAGCGUCCUAAAAAUGUAUUCUAGAUGCAGAGAAACCAGAACAUGUGUUGGCACACGUUGGAUCAGGUUUUCUUUCCUUUGUCAAAUCUAUGUUUGUGCAUUUUACUUUGUCCUGCAUAAUAAUCAGUCAAAUAACAUGAAGUUUGAUUUAUGAUUUUAUUUAAAUAUUAUGGAUUGAAUAUUACACUCACUGUUCCAACAUUUCCAUCGAUGCAUUCAUCUAAAACAACGAAUGCAAACUUGCAACAAAUCCUCCCUUUAUGAUCGUUCAAACUGUUUACCUGCACUGUACAGAGUGUUCCUGUCAUUCAUCAUCAUGUAAAAAGGCCAUCCAUAUAAUUCAGCUGCCUUUGUUCCAGGGCUUUUAUAUUAGAAUGCAUUAGUUUUAUCCAAUAAGCUGCCUACUGAAGGCACAGUAUGUAGUCCAUGUGCUCUGUGGGCUCUGCCUAAUAAACUGCACCGUUAUAAUAAAUGAAAAAAUCUCCUUUUCUUUGCAGACGGUCUCUGUCACUAACAGUAGAAACACUGGAUUGUGUUUCUACUGAUUGGGCGUUCUCUGCUUUUCCUUUACUAAAGCUGUUCUUCUGACCUGACCUGGUUAGAAAAUAAUAUGCACAACUGCCUUUCCUUAUAUCCUCAUAUAGCUCUACUCCAUAGCUCAUAGAUUUUCGUCAUACAUGUAGAAUGAGUGUCCAGUGAAAGCUGCAAACAGUGAAACAGUCCAGGAAACCUGGAUGUAACCGCGUCUCUCAGGAAAGUCGCUGUCUGCGGCUCCUUUCUUCAUCCUGCUGCCGUUCUCCUCAGCCUGUCAGCACUUCCAUACUGGAGGAACACAUUAAACUUCACUGGAGCUGCUCAUGUGCUGUACAAGUGUCCACAUCCAAACUCAUAUAUCUACCAGGGAAUAUUAACACGGAAGCCCUUUACUAUGUUAUACAGACUGUUGAAUCCAAACCUCUUAAGCUUGUGCAGCAAAAUGAGUGUUGUUCUCUGAGUGUUGUAAAGGAACUGUAGAACAAGUCAUUCUCUACAUGAGCUACAUGUGAUAGAGACUGUUUGAAGGCUAAGUGUUAUGAUUCUGUACAUUUAGGAGAACUUCAUUACCAUCAUGUUUAGCAUGCUUGUGGAUAUACCAGAGCUGAAAGAAAUAAAUAUUUAUAUAAUCACUAAAGAAAUCUGA